UCCGUCCAAGAUAAUAGUGCUGGAAUCUCAUGGAAAACCCAUUCACCGAACGUAGAAGUUAACAACCCGAUAAAUUGCACUAAGUAUUACUAUUAAUAACAAUUAUUACCUGUGCCUGUAGGUAAACCACUAACGACUUCUUUAAUAAUUAGGUACCAAUUGUGUAGUCAAUGUUUUUAGCUUCAAUCUAUAUAGGAUAUUACUUUGCACAGUUAGAUAUAAGUUAGGUGAACGAACGAUGCACUUAUUUGUGGCGUUAUUGGUGGGUUUUAUACUAAACGUGAGCGGGUCUGAGCUCGGUUAUGUUGUAUACUUUCGAGACACUUUAAGUAGUGCAGUGCAGAAUGCUACAAAUGGAAUUGGUAUUAAAUGCAGACUCCAUCUCGACUAUUACCAGAAAGAAUUGGGGACGUAUGGAACGUGGGCUUUGGAAAUGUUUAGUGUUCGACGCAUCAAGCAAGGUACCGUCAGGAAUUGCUGGUGGAAACGCGGCUGACUUGGGUUCGUUUGAAGAGUGUAUUAACAUAAAGCAGCGGGUGAAUUCUUCAGAUUUUAUCCGAGGAAGGUAUUGUUACGGGAGCACACCCUUGAACUACAAUGAGAUUGCCUCCACAAACGCAACAUUUAGGCUACAAGUGGCAAGUUGCCUACCCGACACCUGCUCUUCUAACGAUGUAUCCGCAAUAUAUAACUACUUCGGUCUCAACGCUACUUUUCCAGAACCUCUGUGCCAAACAGCUUCGGUCCAUGAAGUGUUGCGAUUUGGCGUAGCGGAAUACUGCGGAAUAGCAUUUUUUGCAAUUUUCGCGCUGAUUACAUCUGCUUCUACCAUUUACGACGUCUACCUGCACAACUCACACCAACUGAGCAACACAAAAAGUUGGUACGAGACGCUUGUUGCAUUUUCCAUUCUUAAAAAUGGCAGGAAGUUACUCGCCAUCGAACAUAAUGCGAAACAAAUAACUUGUAUAAAUGGAAUUCGAGUUAUCAGCACCUUGUGGAUCAUUUUGUAUCACACAUUCUCCAUACAUUUCUACUCACCAGCAAUGAACAGCUUCUACCGGGACAAAUGGAGGCAAAGCCCAGGAAGUAUGUUUCUGUUUAACGCCCCAAUAGCGGUUGACACGUUCCUGUUGCUAUCAGGAAUCGUUACAUCCUACGCACGUCUAUGGUCGGCCGAAAAAGAUAGACCGUUUCAGCUUGUCAAGUUUUACCUACACCGCUUCUUGAGGUUGACACCAGUUUUGGCGGCGGAAAUUGUUUUCGUAGUCACGUUGCUAAGGCAGUUUUCCUCAGGUCCGCUCUGGACUCAUAUAAUUGACACGCAGUUGAUUGAAGCCUGUCAGGAAUAUUGGUGGAAAACGUUGCUGUAUGUACAGAACUAUGGACAAGUACCAUCCUUGUGUCUCCCUCACGGCUGGUAUCUGGGCGUCGACAUGCAGCUCUUUGUAAUUUCGCCAAUCUUCCUGCUACCGUUGCCGAAAUGGCCGAAACGUACAAUAUGCGGGGUUGUUGCGCUGAUCGCUUGUAACAUAAUCGGAUGUUUCGCAUUGGGCUGGUUUUUGGAGCUUAAUGGUAUAAUUGAAGGAAAUGUAGACCAUAAAAGCUUGAUAUACGCUUGGCAGUACUACUACCCUGCGUACACAAGAGCAGCACCAUGGCUGAUAGGAAUUGUACUAGGGUACUACUUGUACUUGUCCAACAAAAAGAAGCAUACGCUACCGAAGAAAAUUGUCGCAUGCGUAUGGAUUCUCAGCCUCCUGGUUAUGUUCGCAAUUGCAUUCGGUGGACAUGGUCUGAUGACAUCAGAGGGACAAAGAGCGAUAAAUUCAAUCUACAUCGCUUUGGCCCGCCCGGUUUGGGCAUUAGCUGUUGGCGUGGUGAUUUUUAGUUGUGCCAAUGGUUACGGAAGAUCAGUAAAUUGGUUCCUUUCGCUGCCUGCGUUCGAAGUGCUAUCACGGUUGACUUACAGUCUUUUCAUUGUUCACUACAUAGUUAUUUAUGUCUUAUGUAGUCAAAUGUGGACAAGUGGACGAAAAGUGGAAGUUAUGGUCCAGUUUUGGGGCCACUUUGCGUGUACGUUGUUCAUAGCGACGUUUGUAACGUUAGUGUUCGAAUUACCUGUCACCGAAAUUGAAAAGAUCAUAUUCACAAAAAGGAAAAGUGAGGCCCAGGAGGGUGUUUUAUCAAAUAACAGUUUAGCUCCAUCUACGAUAAUGAAUAACUGUACAGUUACGGUGACCGGUAGCUUGUGAUAUCUUUCUACAAUGGAGAGCUGUUCCACGUGGUAAUCCAUCAUCAAGUCGCCAU